UCGCUAGCAAGUACCUCUUUUCUUGGACGCAGGUAACGGGCUAGUAUCAUCAUCACUAACCCACUUAUCCACCACUCCCUCUUCUCCCGCUCGACUGCCCAACUUCGAAACCCGCCCACCAUUCGCGGCCACGUCGACAGCCGACUAGGAUUCCGUCAGGUAGCUGCAGCAGCUGUAGCGUACGAAGGACGGCCACGAGAUCAACCGCAGCAAGAAGAAAAAUCAACGAGAACACGAGGCCCGAGCCCGCGUCCUCCAACAUCCCACCAUGGUGCACAGGGUCCUCUUCUGGAGCGGCUUCGGCAUCGCCGUCCGAUUCUGGCAACUCGGCCUCGAAAUGCGACCGCUCUUCAACCGCGGUUCCCUGUGGGCGUACCCCGUCUUCGCCGGCGUCGGCGCGAGCUUUGGCUACUGGCUGCAAGGGGUCAACGAGAGGCAACAAGCGGUGCUGGAGGAGCGAAAGCAGAUCAUACUCGAGAAGCGGGCGAGGAAGGCGGCGAGAGAGGCUGAGAGAGCGGCCGCGGCCGCGUGAAGCAUAUCCCGCUCCCUCCAUCCGCACCGGUUCAGUGUACAUACAUACAGCUAGCUAGCUAUCUAGUAGUCCGAAUACUCCGGCUCGUCUGGAGCCCCCUUUCUAGUUGGACUCUUCAAGCUUCCGUAGUAAAUCCGGCACUGACGUGGGCUGCACCGUCCCCAGCU